GAGUAUGCGCGGGCCUCGGCGGCCAGCCCCGGCGCACAGCCGCGGCCGGGGAGAGCGGCGCGGGGCGGAAAAGCCUGUUUACACAGACUGCACACCGCCUGGGGAAUAAUGCAGUAAAGGAAGUGAGCCGGCUCGGCCUGACUGCUCCAACUUCCUGCUCUCACACACACACCAGAGGAAAAAAAAAAGAGGAGCGAGAGAAAGAAAAAAAAGGGGGGAAAAAUCAGGAUCUCAUUACAAGAGCAACAGACCGUCUGCAGACGCCUGUCAGCAUGGAAAGUCGGGGGCUUUCGCCCGGUUCCUCCUAGAAAUUCCCCCGAAGAAGGAUCUUGAAAGCUCCCCCACAUCUGGGUAUGGAGAGUGCAAUCACACUGUGGCAGUUCCUGUUGCAGCUGCUGCUGGACCAGAAACAUGAGCAUCUGAUCUGCUGGACCUCCAACGAUGGUGAAUUCAAGCUCCUCAAAGCAGAAGAAGUGGCCAAACUGUGGGGCCUCCGGAAGAACAAAACGAACAUGAACUAUGACAAGCUGAGCAGAGCCCUUCGAUACUAUUAUGACAAGAACAUCAUCAAGAAGGUGAUCGGGCAGAAGUUUGUGUACAAGUUUGUCUCUUUCCCGGAGAUACUGAAAAUGGACCCUCACGCGGUGGAGAUCAGCCGGGAGAGCCUUUUGCUGCAGGACAGCGACUGCAAGGCGCCUCCCGAGGGCCGAGAGGCGCACAGACACGGCUUGUCGGCCCUCAAGAGCGCAAGCCGCAACGAAUACAUCCACUCAGGACUGUACUCGUCCUUCACCAUUAAUUCCCUGCAGAACCCGCCGGAAUCCUUCAAGGCAAUCAAGACGGAGAAGCUGGAGGAACAGCCGGAAGACAGCCCUCCCGUGGAAGAAGUCAGGACUGUCAUCAGGUUUGUGACCAAUAAAACCGACAAGCACGCCAGCAGGCCCGUGGUGCCCCUGCCCUCCACGUCUGAGGCCUUCCUGGCCUCGUCGGCCUCAGCCAAGGUCUCCUCUUUAAUGUUGCCAAAUGCCGCCAGCAUUUCGUCCGCGUCACCCUCCUCGUCUCGGUCCCCGUCCCUGUCCCCCAGCUCGCCCCUCCCUUCUGAACACAGAAGCCUCUUCCUGGAGGCCGCCUGCCAUGACUCCGAUUCCCUAGAGCCCUUGAACCUGUCAUCGGGCUCCAAGACCAGGUCUCCAUCUCUUCCCCCAAAGGCCAAAAAACCCAAAGGCUUGGAAAUCUCCGCGCCCCCGCUGGUGCUCUCCAGCACUGACAUCGGCUCCAUCGCCCUCAACAGCCCAGCUCUCCCCUCGGGAUCUCUCACCCCAGCCUUCUUCACUGCACAGACACCAAAUGGAUUGCUUCUGACCCCGAGUCCACUGCUAUCCAGCAUACAUUUCUGGAGCAGCCUUAGUCCAGUUGCUCCACUGAGUCCUGCCCGGUUGCAAGGGCCAAACACGCUGUUCCAGUUUCCAACACUGCUUAACGGCCACAUGCCAGUGCCAAUCCCCAGUCUGGAUAGAGCUGCUUCUCCAGUACUGCUUUCUUCGAACUCUCAGAAAUCCUGAUGACAUCUGGCCACAGUUAAAGACUUAUUAACUGAUGAAAUAAAUUUGUCCCCAUGGGCUAGUUUACCUGUGUCAUGAGAAGGACGUUGUGAAACCCUGUUAAUUUGGUUUGCACUUUUCAUAACAUGGAUGGUCUAGAUUUAUGUUAGCAUUUUUAAAACCUUUUUUUAUAUUCAAGUAUAUAUGAAGAUCUGUUUGGCAUUAAGUGAUUUUUUAAUGUUUUUGUUUUUAUAUCCUCUUAGCUCUUAAGUGUUGAACACUGUUGACAGUGAAGAACUUUUCUUAAUGGUUUUCAGUGUAACUAAUAAGGAUGUGAAGCUUUUCUUUCUAAUUCCGCAUAUGCUGAACUAUGCUUAUAGACACUAUAACCAGCUGUGCCUUCCUUUGCAUUUAGUUUUAUGUAAAUGGUUUAUAUAUUUUUUAGUAUUAAGAGAAAAUGUUUGGAAGACAAAAAUUAGUAUCAAACAGCUCUCUAGUAGAAUCAUUAUUUUUCAAAAGUAGGCAAAAUGAAAGCUUAUUCAUAUUUUUCUUUUUCGCUUUCAAUUGUAUAAGAAUUGCCUUAGAACCUUUUGAACUGAAGUUCAGUAAAUGUCCAAUUUCAUGUUUUUAUAAAAGAAACUAAGCCAUAUUUAGAAAAUAAACAUUCACAAAAGAAAAUGUUCUAAAGUGCAUUUUUUAAAAAAUGAAGUUUGAAAGACUAGCCACCUAGCUGUUUACAAUCUUUUAGACUCCUCCCAAACAAAAACCUGAGAUGGAAAUCUACAUCAAGUUCACUCUACUCAUUCCCUUGGAAUAUAUCCUAUGUAAGCAUAUUCUUGUUUCAAAAAAUUAGCUGUGGUUCUCCCAGUUUUCCAUAGCAAAUCACACCCCUGAUACAUUUCCUGUAUCAU